GAGCGAAGAAGAAACAAUCGCAUGAGUUUGGAAACGCUAGCAACACUGAAUCCCAGUAGAUUUUAACCGGACGCUAUUGUUCAGUAACGUUAAUAAAAAAAAAGAAAACACCUGUAUUUACUGUGGGCUGUUGUAGAAACGUUAACGCGUAAAUCGGAGAAUAUGUGAGUUUGCUGUCUUUAUAUGCGACCUGCUAGCGACAUGCUGUUGUUAUACCAGCCCUUUGGCAAAAAUGUUCUUUAAAUCCAUCAGAAGCUGUCUUCAGCGUUGGGGCGAAAGUCUCCAUCAGUAUCAGCGGACAAUAUCACAGUGCAGUGCUUGUGAUGACAGUUUGGACCAAACUAAACUUUUGAUGCGACUUUGCUCUGAUCGUUAUUAUAUUUCUCCCGAAGCGUUCAACACAAGAACAUGUACAUAUGGACCUUUAGGAACUGAACUAAAGAAAAACAUUAUUGACCAGUGGACUUUGGCAAUACGUUCUAGAGCAUACGUGUUUGGGAUCAGUAAUUCAAUGCAAAGUAGAAUACCUGAGGAACCUGGCAGGAUUGUUAACUUGAAGAGUUUUCAAGAAAUCCUCAGCAAAGACAACAUAUACAAGGAAGAAACAUCUCAAAAGAUACAAAAACAUCUUAAAGACAGCUGGUCUGUUCGAACGAGUCUUUUGCAAGGUGCUUUGCAGCAGUAUAUUCAGGCAUUAGAGCUUGUGAAUAAGACAUUGCCCUUUGGAUUGGCAGAGACUGGAUUGUGCCAUAACUUUGAUAAUCAGCUAAAACAUUCAUCUGACUGUUCUUCUGAAGUCACUGAAUCAUCUUUAGUCUGGUUCUGUUCUCCUCGGACGUCUUCUCAGUGGAUGGACUACUGGGUUCAUCACAGACUGAAGUGGUGGAGGAAGUUUGCUUUAGGCCCGUCUGACUUCAACCUGUGCAAUGUGGGCGAUGAGAGUUUGAUAGAGGGGGCAUCUCAUGGUGUUAAAAUCCUCUAUAAUUUCCCCUGGGGAUCAGAGACCUUGGAAACACUUUGGAUCCUGGGAGACACACAACUACUGAAGACUCACCAAGAAACAUGCGUUAAAGUACAGUGCAGAGAUGGAAGAAAGUCUGUAGUUCCUCAUGUAAUCUCUGCCAGUGUGAAUGUUGAUCGGGGAAUGCUGGCUUACCUGUUUAAUUCACUUCAACGGCUGAAGAAAACUGACAGCAAACAGAAGCUUCAUCAGAGGACAGUUUUGAAGCUCCAUCCUGCUUUAACUCCAGUGAAAGUGGCCUUGGAUAUAGGACGAGGAUCUAAUUCAGAACUUAGACAGGUUUGUGAGGGUCUGCUUCAAGAGUUUCUUGAAGUUGGAAUUUCCACAUGGCCUGGAUACUUGGACACAAAGUCACUGGAGAAUUUGAACGCAAAGUAUGAUGAGAUGGGUGUCCUCUUUACAGUGAUGGUCAGUGAGAGCACACUAAAAAGUGGCCUUCUGUUGGUUCGUAACAGAGAUACCACCAUCAGAGAGACUAUGCAUAUUUCAGAAAUCAAAUGCUUCCUGCUUAAAUACAUCUCUGCCUCAGAGAAUUACUGACUUUGAUCUUCUGAAUUUCUUCAGUGACAAACAAGUACUGUAAUGUGAUAAUUCUGUGUAACUGCUACAAAAUUGUGAGUCUGCUGAUGCAAAAUAGUAUUACUGUAUGUUGAAAAAAAUGGGAAAACAUUUGAUAAAAAAU